AUGCAUGAAUUACCCAAGUUUCUACUCUUCUUGUUGGCUACCACAUCGGAUGGUAGGCCCCAACCUAACCUAACCUGUGAGCAGGUCCAUAAUUACAGUCAUAGGAUGGGGCCUGAAUGGCGCAAAUGCGCCGCCUCACGCGAGCCGCCUGUCGGUUGAAUCGCGUCCCAACGUCAAGCGCUGAUACUAGAUGACAGUUGAAAUAAUACCG